GUGACGUCACGGGUGUAACAUGGCGAGCGUGGUGGAUGUUUGUGCGGUGGUUUAGGUGGCGUGGUGAUGGUGGUGAUGUGGUGAUGGUGGUGAUGGUGGUGUGGUGAUGGUGAUGAUGGUGGUGAUGUGGUGAUGAUGUGAUCAUGUGGUGAUGAUGAUGGUGAUGUGGUGAUGGUGAUGUGGUGAUGGUGAUGUGGUGAUGGUGAUGUGGUGAUGGUGAUGUGGUGAUGGUGAUGUGGUGAUGGUGGUGUGGUGAUGAUGGUGGUGAUGUUCGGGCAGAGCUGACGGGAUGUGCGCCGACUGUUGACGAUCAUCGCCAGUAGCAGCAGCAGGGACGAGCGAUCGCAGCGGGCGCCGGCGGAAGGGUCCACCUGGACCGGUUGGGGGGGCCGCUCUCCCCCCCAGCCCCCCGCCCCCCCCCCCGUCUCCCCCCCACCGCGGCUCAGCAUGAGCUGGCUCAGCCGCUUCAACGCUCGCGGGGGGCCGGGGGGCCGCAAGGCCGAGCGGGAAGCGGCCGCCGGCGCCGCGGGCGCCCCCGCGGCGGGCCCCGUGGCCCCCGCCGUGGCCGCCGCUCAGCCGGAGCCCCCCAGCUCCCCCGGCGCGGACCCCGAGACGUGCCUCAUGGUCUACAGGAACCACUGGAUGCAGGUGCUUAAGGUGAUCGAGAGGAAUGCGGGUGGGGGGCGCGACGGGGUCGCAUCAUCGACGGCCCCUGCCGACGAGAAGAACUUGGUGCGGAACAACGUGGACCAGAUGCUGUACCUGCUGGCAGAAGAGCUGCCUCCGAGGACGGGCGGCAUGGGCCCCAUCCUGGAGUUCACCGUCUCCGACGAGGUCCUGGGCCGCGUGGUGUCGUGGGGCCUGCGCAUGCGCACCGCCCACGGGGGCGUCAGAGGCCAGGAUGCUGUUGACGAGGAGGACGAGGAGGUGAGAGCGGAGCAGCUCAAGAUGUACGAGGUGCUGGUGUCGCAGUCCCACCAGCCCCUACUGCAUCACAAACCCAUCCUUCACCCGCUGCUGGGGCUGAUGGCCGCGUGCGCCAACUCGCGCUCUCCCAAGGUGGAGACCAACCUGGUGCUGCUGCUGAGCCAGCUGUGCUCGGUGCUCGUCAAGGACCCGGCCACACUGGAGCUCGUCUUCAACGACCACCCGUCCCCUCUCGCCCCAUCGGGCGGCGGCGCUGCCGGCAUCGCGGGUUUUGCACCGCGUAACGACGCGCUGGUGUUCGCGCUGCUCGUGGGCUACGUGCACCGCGAGGGCUCGCUGGGGCAGCAGGCGCGUGACGCGCUGCUGCUCAUCAUGUCACUGACGGCGGAGAACCGCUCGCUCGGGGAGUACAUCGCCGACCGCUCUGAUUUCUGCCCGGUGCUGGCGACGGGGCUGAGCGGGCUGUACUCGUCGCUGCCGCGGAAGAUUGAAGUGAGUUCCGACGAGUGGCACUCGCUGCGCCGGGAGGACUGGUUGGGCGUGCCGGCCCUCGUCAGGUUCAUGAACUCGCUGGAGUUCUGCAACGCCGUGGUGCAGGUUGCUCACGAGGUGGUGAGGAAUCAGCUGAUAAAGUACAUCUACCACGGGUUUCUCAUCCCAGUCAUGGGCCCAGCGCUGGACAAGACGCUAGUGGAGGAGCAGAUCGCCAGCACAGCUUACCUGGACCUCUUCCUGCGAAUGGUCACGGAGCCGUCGCUGCUGCGCACCUUCCUGCACUUUGUGCUGCUCCACUCCGAGGAUGACAAGCGCGUCCUGGACUUGCUCGUGGCACGCAUCAGCAGCAGCUCGCGGCUGUGCAUGGUGUCGUUGGCGCUUUUCCGGACGCUGCUCAGCCUCAACUGUGAGGAUGUUAUGCUGCAGCUGGUGCUCAGGUUCCUCAUCCCGUGCAACCACGUGAUGCUGAGCCAGCGCCGCGCCGUCAAGGAGGUGGAUCUGUACGGGCGCACGGCCGACCGUCUGCUGUCGCUGUCGCCCGAGUGCUGCCGCCUGGAGCAGCUGCUGCUCGCUGAGCGGGAGGACGAGCACGUGCUCUGGUCCAAAGGCUUGGUGGUGUGCGGCGCCUCGGAGGGCCAGCCCGCGGCGUCUCCGGCACCCAAACCCACCACUCCGGCCCGCAUGGGGUUUUUCUCGCGGCAGAAGUCGGAAAUCUUUGAACGGCAGCAGCAGCAGCAGCGCUCGCCCGCUGUUCACGAACAGCCGGCGCGUCCGCAGUCCCCCGCGUCAACAGCGCUCGCGUCGCCGCAGCGGCAACAGCUGCGGCCCGGCAGCGGCAAUUUCGAGGAGCGGACGGAAGCGGAGCCCGGCUACCUGCAGUACCUGCGCGACGCGCGUUGCGGCGUGCGGCGCUGCGCGCUGGCGUGCCGCGCGUGGUCGGCUCCCUACGACGGGGAGACGCCGGCGCCGGGCAGCGUGGUGAUCGCGCCGAGCGAGGCGCUCUCCUCGCUGCCGCUCGACGCCGAGCACUUCGCUCUGGAGCGCAAGCUCGAGCCGCCGGCGGAGAGCCCCGAGUGGGACAUCUGCCUCGACCGGUACCGCAUCACCGUGUUCCCGCACUCCAAGAAGCGCGGCGUGCAGCGGCGGAGGAGGCAGGGCGCUCAGAACGACGCUGCCGUGCCGCGCCCCCCGAAGCCGGCGGGCGACCAAAACGGCCUGGCCCCGACGUCGGCGAUCCUGGAGGGCGACUCGCGGUUGGAGGCGCCGUCCAGUCUGAACGGCGCCGACUCGGCGAGGAGCGGGGAGGGUGGCGUCGUGCAGGCCCCGGAAACUUCUGACGACGAUCCCAUGGCCAAGAAGCAGAGGAGGGAGAAGCGACGAGAAUCGCACGACGACGACGAAGUCGGCGGCGGCGGGAGCGUGGCCAACGGGAGCGCCGAGCCCAUCGAGCCGGCGCCGGUGAUCGCGCCGCCCCGCGGACAGCCGCAGCCGUCGGCGGAGAGCGCUGCCUGGGAGGAGACGGAGUCGGACGCGCCGGCUCCCGCUCCCGCCGGCUCCUCCUGCGCUCGGCACGAGGGUGCGGCGGGGAUGACGGCGGGCGACACGCCGGCGGAAGCGCCCUCCGCUCUCGACGAGUCGGUCGACAGCCUCAUCCAGACGUUCCUGGAGGGCUCAUCGGAUGACGCCAGCGGCCUCGUUGCCGACCUGCACAAGCAAUCGCUGGUCGCCGUUAUGGCCGGUGCCGCUGACGCCGAGGAAUCAUCUGGGGAUGCGGUUAUCGGAGUGGAUGAGACCGCCGCCGCCAUCGCGCCCAACUGCGUCGCCGCCGACUUCUCGGCACUUUCGGAGCAGGUGGAGCCACGGGGCGUGGAGACGCCGACGCAGGCGCACGUGGUGACCCUGCCUGCCCUGCUCGCACAGCAUCCGAGUCAAGCCAUCGGCACGCCGUUCACCGGGCCCUUUGUGGGCGCGCUGUUUGCCAAGCUGGAGAACAUGAUGCAGAAUUCGCUGUACGUCAACCUGCUGCUGACGGGCGUCGUAACGCAGCUGGCCUGCUACCCGCAGCCACUGGUGCGCUCCUUCCUGCUCAACACCAACAUGGUCUUCCAGCCGAGCGUCAAGUCCCUGGUGCAGGUGCUGGGCACGGUGAAGAACCGGAUCGAAGCGUUUGCGGCGGGCUACGACGACUUCCCGCCGAUGGUGGUGCGAGCGUGGCAGUACCUGAUCACGCGCGGCCAGAGUGGCGCCGUCGACUCCCCGCUCUUUGUCCCGGCCCUCAGCCGCGCCGAACAACUCGCAAAGAGCCGGAAGCCCUCUCUGGGGGAGCUACUGCUGCGGCACGCCAACAGCCCGAGCCGCGCGCGACAGGCGGCGCAGCACGCGCUGCAGCACGUGCGGCUGGGACAGCGGGCGGCGGCGCCGCUCUCCUCAUCGUCGCCGUUCCGCAACAUCGCCGAGCAGCAGAGCGAGGCGCUGCGCGUCAAGAACGCCGUCUACUGCGCCGUCGUCUACGCCGAGUUUCUCAAAGAGCUGGCGGCCGUGGCGCAGGAGCACGCCGUGUCGUCGCAGCUCUCCCUCGACGAGGAGUAGCGGGGCGGCUUGUCGCCGACGGAAGCACCUGGCCGAGCCGGGAAGAGCGCCAGCCUCGUCGAGCUACCGCGAAGCCGCUACUGCUGCUGCCGCCGGAGUAGUACUGCUACUAUGUGGACUAUUGCAGUUACUACUGGAGUAGUACUGCUGCUACUACUGUGAACUCCUGCGGUAGUAGCAGCAGUAGCCGUCGUACCAGCCUGGAGAGAGCACCGGGCCGAUCGGCAGUUGUGCCGCGGCCCUAAGGUGCUGCUGUGAACCUCCCGCUCCCGCUCUUGACCGCAGUUCCCUAUUAGCCCAACCGGGCGCUCACUGAAGGGCACGCGUCCGGAGGCGCCACCACCAGCAAAGGGAAUUUUGCGCGCUCCGAGCGCGGCUCGACUUGCUCCGGCACAGUGAACGCGACGUGCGGGAAAUGCUCCAAUGGCCUUCGAGCGGCGCCUCUCUCUUGUCGGUAUCCGCCCGAGAGAUACGGGACCGCUGGACUGCACCCUACGGAUGGACAUGCGUGGUAUUUAUCCAGGGAGCAAUGUGGAACCACCGGCAGUGAUUUAUAAAUCACGGUGAGUGACGAGAAUGGAAAUUUAGAGCAAACAUAAACGAAUCGGAGCAUUCGACACACGUCAAGGGUACCCACCCCUCCUUCAUGCUCCUCUCUCUUGCACACUACAGGGGGUAGCGGCGUAAGCUUCCACAAAUCUGUUUUUAUUUUUCUCGUGCUGUCAGAAAAUUGUUUUUCCUUCGCCCAAGAGAAGAAUACUGGAAGAUUUUGUGGUCAAGAAUCGUGCCAAAGGAUCCGUCAUCGCCUCUCUGCGUGGGAGAAGGCCAUUGACAUUGCCGUAUAGUUGAACCACCGCCACCUUUCGACAGCCCCUGCGGGCGACAGCCAGGGCCAGGGAAUUUUAUGAUGCCCCCAAUGGUCGUGCGACAACGCUGGUUGCCGCUUUGAGCAUCGCAGCUUUGGCACAAAGUCUUAAACGCGCGCGCUGACUAACGUCCACAUCGUGCGCAAGGCGUCGGCUCGACAGCGUUCAAGGGAAGUUCGCCCACGCCGGUGUUGCGUUUGUUGAUUUGUAAAAAAAACAAAUGUUCGGUUUACAAUGCAUAUCCGUGCACACUUUUUCUGACACUACGUUUUUUUCUGAAAUGAUACCAAUGUCUUUUUGAGCCCGUUUUAUGACGUGAUAUAUUUCAUUUUUAUUUCUAUUGUGGCUUGAGUUGUGUUUUUGAAUAUCGGUGCAGUGUUCUACACUGACGCUAAGCCUUUCUGAGUUCACUUUUCUUUUUUAAAAAUUGGAAUUUUUACAAAUACUUUUAAUGAAAAUAAUUGAAAUGUCAGCUGCUUGAUUUAAUAGACAAAAGAAAUAAGGUGUUAAUUGAAUGUGGGGCGCGUUGUUUCUGUUAUAUAUUUUAAGCAACUGUAUAGUUUAGUGCACGUAAUUUGUUUUUUUACUGUAAAAAAAAACCUAAAUAUUGUUUAUAUUAAUAUAUGAAAGACAUGGGGGGGGGGGCGGUUUGUAUUCUACUUGAAAACUGCAGUAAACCUGACGGGGGGGGGGAGCAUGUGUGACCUUGACAGCCGUGCCAAGUGCGUCGCGAACGUCCCGAGCUCUGUGUUUGGGCAAUACAAGAGACUUUGUGUUCCUGUCGGGCAAACCAUUGCCCGGGCACUGGCGGGCAGGCCACAGCGUCGCAGUAACUAACCCGCUCGGCGGCUCAAUCGCGACUCCCUCGCUUCGUUAUUUAUCACUGCCGCCACCGUCGCCACCGCCAUUGUUGCGCUCUCCAGCGUCUGGGCGUCACCGGUUGGCGUGUGCAACGCCGCGUCCGAUCGUUGCGUCCUUGAGGAUCAUUUACGACGUAUGCAAAUUUUGCUCAAAUAAUUUUACGAAUGUAUGCUUCAUUGUGAAGGGACGCGCAUGUCUGAAGGGGGGGGGGGGGGGGAGAUGUAGCGACGAAGUCCACUCGCGUCGCGGGGUGCUCGGUGGGCUGUUUAUUCGCGGAACCGUAAGAUUUGGCGGAGACUUUUGGGUGGUGGGGACGGACCUUCAUCCAGCUAUGGAUUGAGCCUGGCUAACGGUGGUGUGUUGGUGAUGACUUACUAGCGUACGAACAAGACAAAGCCUACGAGACGGACAAUACAAACAAGGCGAAAACAAAUAUCGAGUAUUUUUUUCUGUCUCACGAAUCGUGACGGCAAAUUGUCAACAUGCGUCGUACCGUCGGGAGGGUGAAACGUUCGGGGGCCUGGGAAUAUUUUAGAGCGUGACAAUUUCGGGCACGGAGCAUGCUCGCGGCAACGAGCGCGCGCGUUGGGUUGAGAGGUUUGGAAAUCGCGCACCUCCAAGAAUUUUAAUUCCCCCAUGUUUAUGCAGCGAUAUCAAUUUAAAUAAUGUGUCGAGUGCUUUUAAUACACCCUAAAUAUCAUCGACUUGCACAUAGAUACGAGGUCAGGUCAAUAAGGCCACCCGAUCGGUUUAUUACGUCCGCUAAUUUUAGCGUUGGGAAUGCCGGUUAGCUCAACUGGGAUCUCAAGCACAGUGAGUUGAUGAUGGUGGCAGCCCGCUCACCAGCGACCACACAAAAAGCCUGGCCACAUUACACUUCGUCCUACGCUCUAAUUGGGCCGGAUUCCAGCUCUGAGAAUUAAAUUAUCAGUUUGUCUUGCGACGGGGGGGACGCCAUUCUCAUACGCAUAUGGACCAGAGGUCGCUCGAAGGAAGCUCCGUGGUAGUUCUGUGACAUCCGCUUCCGUGGGCCAUUCUCUCACAAAAGAGGUCGCGCUGCUCCUUGAGAGGUCCGAGUGGAUUCUUUAUCUCAGGAUGCGCCGCGCGACUCUUUGGAUAAUACCUGGGGGAAAUUAUGUAACAAUUGGCUGUGGGGUUAAUUUUAACACAGUUUUAACACAAAGCGCAGCAACAAGAGCCUGGGUUUGAUUGCCGACUCGGGCUCCUACCUGCGUUGGAGUGUGUAUGUCCUUCCCUCUUCUGCAUGGGUUUCCUCCCAUGGCUAUAGCACCCAACAUUCAUUGUAACCGCUGUUGGUCCAAACAUCCAAAUGUGGCAAAAUGUCCUGCAAAUUACUCAUCAGGGAUCACACAGCAGCAGCAUCGCCCCCUACUGUGAAAACCUGGCAGGGACCCUCCUGGAAAAGAGACCUGAGACUUACUGAGGCUCUCCUGGGUACACAAGCAUAAAUAAAUGAUACAUCAUAAUUCCAUGAGCUCUUUGACCGGACCUCGUGUUAGACAAAGUGGGCUGUGUAGUCCUUACCAUCAUCACGCUGACUUGACGAGCCCAUCUACAUAUAUGUUAAGGUUCAGUUACCUCCACUGCCCACUGGUGAGAACAUCUGCGAUGUAAUAAUUCACUAAAUCACUUUUGUGUCAGGAGUCGAAACUGGCGUUUGAAAGAGCGAAACCCACGCAUGGCAAACAAGUUGGUUCCCAUGUCGGCGUGCACGUCGCUCGGUGCGCCAGGACCAAGAGACUUCGCAGAUCCCUACUGGGCACCGGGAGGCAAUCGUAGGCGUGGUGGUAAUGGUGGUAGUAGCUGUGAUGGUUGAUAGGUUUGAGUCUGCGCUAUUUCUGAAGACCUUCUGCCACACUUAUUGUAACAUCUCGUUGCUCUAGAAACAUUAAUGUUUGCUGCAAAAUGAAAAAAAAAAUACCACGGUAAUAAUACUUUAUUUCAGCUCAUGCCUUCAUCUUACUGACAAACCACAGUCUUAUUUUAUUCCCAUUUUGUUGGUGGUGUUUGUCACGCCGCGUAUGUGCACUUAGACCGCGUACGGUUACACAGGACACGAGCCUCUACGUCCUUUGUUGAUGCCUUCCAGCCCCGAGAUGUGGUUCUUGUUCACUAAAGUCGGGCACCACGGACGUCACCGUAUUCAACGCGCACGGUUCUCCGAUGUGUCUGCGACCUUCGCUCCACGUGCCGAGAGCUCCUUCGGCAACUGACGGUUAGGCCCCAACUCGUGCCGGGCAGCGUGCCUGGUCCGCAGUGCUGUGGAAGCUCGUUUCAGAGCCGUCCUGGGGAGGUGCUUUAACUCCCGGCUCCAUCCGCGAACCGCGACAUGCCUUGGUAUUCUGCCAGGGGCCUUGCGGCCGUGUGGCCGUGCGUGCAUGCGAAGUUACUCGCCACGCUAAUUGUAGUGACGCACUCCUUCCUUCCUACGUGGUGGGAAAGAUUUCACUACCGGUGUCGCGGUUGUGGAGAUGAUGACGAAUGCAGAGUUUGGAAAGGAAAAAUGCGUGUUGUCGUUCUAAAAUCUGAGCAAGAGCACAAGAUGAUAACACGAACUGAAAUUAUGCAUCAGGGCCCUCACCGACUAGAAACAUUGAUUGGCGGGUUGCGUGCGGUUGGGUAAAGUGUGGGUACUGCACACUUUACUCCGCACCGGUCGGCGUGGCAGACUAGGCCAAGCUGCCCUCUGGAGAGUCUGCCAAGUUCUUCCUCCGGCGGAGGCGUUUCCGCCAACAGUGGUGCGAGCGAACACACUGAGCAUCUGAGGCAGUGGCGCAGUGCGGCUGGCAUGGGUUCUCACACAAGGAACUAAAUGAGCACCCGCCCCGUCCGAAUCCACUCUCCUGUGCAGUUGCACCGCCUGCUCCGAGCAUUUGUACUUGGGUCUCGGGAUGUUUGUCAGCGAGUACACGAGUCUGCUUUACAAUGUCGGGUUUUUUGUUUGUAUGGUUUGAGUCCGUGUCGGGUCACAUCUUCCUGUAAGCUGCCACGAUGCAGGGCAUCGGUUUCCGCAGCCGUGUUCGUGGUGGUGCUCGAUCUUCAGUUGCGAAGUCACUAAAAAGGGGUGAAUUUUAAAUGCAGGGAAAACUGAAAUAUACACUAGCCAAGCAGUAACACAUGGUGAUCCAUUUAUAUAUACCUCAUUGAUUUUCAAUGGCCCUCUUCUCAACAGCCAAUUGAAUAUUCUGAGAGCGAAGACACCGUAUCUCACAGAGGAGAGUGUUAAGAGAUUUAACGAGUUGUCUUAAAAUUGGUGCAAGAUAUGUGAAGUAUUAGAAGUGAAAUGUUGUGUUCUCUAAUUUCUCCAUAUUUUUAGUGGGGUAGCUAUGAAUGGAUCGCCCUGUACAUUGCGAGGUGGAAUGUACAUCUGUAACUAGUAAGUUAUACAAUGCAUUAGUAUUUAUCUAGCGUCAAAAUAUAGCUGCAUCUCAAGAUGCUAAUUGUAUCGGUUCUACCUUUGCAGGGAAAAUUUGAUUGGCCACGGAAAAGUUCAAACGCAUGUUGUUUAUCCGAUGCGAGCAUCGCCUCGAGAGACCGGGACGAGUCUCGUUCGCAAGUCUGACCCGGGGCGAUGGCCUGCCGCCGGUAGGGGCGAUGGUUGCCACUGUGGGUGUCUGAGUCCCGGUGUAGUGACCUGCGGGGGUCAUUUUCGAAUUUGGCAAAAUUUCGGAGGCGCGCGAUGGCCUCCUCUUGCGAAUGACGCCACGGAGAUGUUUAACGUCCGCCGUGAAGUGGCCGGCACGUGGCUACUGGAUUCAUCAACGUAGCAGGGGAUUGCUGUGCCGCUGGGGAGCGCCCAGAGGCAGAUCGUGGCGUGGACUCAGGGAGUAAGGGAAACAGGCACGGCAUCUCCCUCACCACGUGUCUGCCGCUCCACGUCAAGGGUACAAAGUGUUUGCGACACGGGGCACACCAGAGGUCCCGAGUCCAGCCCGUGUCCAGCCCAUGUCCACCACCGCACACGCAUAUAUUUAGUUCCAAACUCAAUCUUUGAUCAAAUCAAUGCUGAUAACAUUGUCACAUCAAUUAAAUAGUGAACUGUGACUAUGAGAAUUAUGUAUCCGACUCCCAAACCAGGAUGGAAAUGCAAACCUUUAUAUCGUUCUGAAUAAACGCAAUGAAGAUGCAGUGAAUGUGAAGGGAUUCUGAAUGAGUCUCGUGUGACCCUAUUCCAGGGUGCUCCCGCGACAAAUGCGUGAAUCGCGGCCACGUAAAGUUUCAACUGAUCGCAAAACAGACGACUGAUGAGUGAGGGAGCGGCCGUGCAGACAACGGAGUGAGUGUUACCCCCCCCCACCGUCCCCUGCCCCCCGUGCCUCCGUGCAACCCAACAUUUUUAUUAAUUUUAAUUUUUUACCUACGUGACUUUACCGAAAAAACCUAAGAAUAUUCUGAACGGCUUCGCCACAGUCAAGCUGCUGGUCGCGCGUGUGGUGGGGGGGUAGAGUGUGGGUAGCUCUCAUCAAGACGCCUGGGAAGGCUCUCGAGACCCCCUCUCCCACUCUGGGGGGUCUCUCAGACGUUCCUUAAGCGGAGGUCCCGCCGCCAGCAGUUGGCGGGAGUAACCGUCGCGUUACCCGACUGGAGGUGUUCCUGCAGGCCGUGAAGGCCCUGCUGGUGCCGCAUCCCACGUGGCCCGCAUUCAUCCCACGUGGUCCGUACCACCACCCCUCGCUCGGCUCAAGCGACGCGGCGUCGGGAUGGGACUGGGGAUGCUGUCACCUUAGCAACAUUCAAACUGGAGAGCCAUUCAAUAAAACAACAAUCUAAUUCAUACUCUUUGGUUCUUUCGGUAAAGUCACGUAGUUAGAAAUAUGUUUUUUUAUUUCUACCUACGUGACUUUACCGAAGGAACCAAAGAGUAUGGAUUCCUGCAGUCCCGAAAGCUUCAAAUCAAGAUUGAACAAUCUAAUUGUAUAAUUUUGCACUGCGGUGCCAAGGGCAUUGCCACCCUUCGAUGUCCUGUCACGGUCUCCACUGCCGACGGUCGUGGGUUGUAGCCGUCCUCGUGCACGAGCUGCAUGGCUUAUUUGGGGCCUUACCGGGUGAAAUGAAGCCCGAGUCGCCGUUACAAUGAAUCAAUGCGUUACGCGGUACGAGCGUAGUUAAUAAGUGUGUAGAUGUGCCCUCAUGUGCACGCUGACGCGUCUUUCAGAGCAGGGAAUCCUGAACGUGAAUCUGCUUGCUUAGUUUCGUAAAACUUGUUUUAAAAGCGUCUCUAGGGCCCAGCUUGUUUCAUUACUGAUCGUUGGCGAGUCCAGACCAGACGUCUAUAUUCUGGUUACCACCCGAGGCGGCGUAACUGCAUUGUUUAAUUUCACUUAGUUCAAAUUCAAGUUAAUUUAUUAGGUAUAGUCCUGUGAGCCAUUCGGCUCUUGAAUCGGGUGCAACCGCAACAAACAAAAAACAAAAACAUGAACAAGAAAACAUCUUAAAGUGACAAGGUGACUAAGUGCAAACAGAAAAUCCAAGAAAAGACAGUAAAAUAUUGCAGAAAAAGCACCGUACACCAACGCUGUGUGCAAAAAUCCCAGUGGGAUGGCAAGUCAAACAACAACAACCACAAGACAACAUAGAUUAAGGCCAUCAGUCUAACUCUGUACUACAACAAACAAACAUUGCCAAACCAAAAAACUUUUCGAAAAUCACCAAAAUAAAGCCAUAAAAGCAAUGAAAGUGAUCAUAGGAACUGACCGAAUUUUCACAAUAAACGACGAAAACAACAUGUACACCCAAACUCUGCAUCCAUAGCUGGCUGCAUGAGUCACUCCACAACAU